AUGCCAAGUUCGUUUACACUUUCAAUUGCUGCUGCAAGUGGCAUUGGUGCAUUUGCUUUAUUACUUCUAAUUAUUAGUGUAGGCACACCUGUAUGGCUUGAUGGUGGAUCAGGAAAUACAAUUGGCCUUUUUCGUACAUGUUAUGGAGAUAGUGUAUCAGGAACGAUUAGUCCAGGUUGCUAUAAUGAUAAUCGAGCUCCUCAAGCUGGUCUAUCUAUUUUUGGUCUCUUAUUACUUGUCUUUUCGAUAAUUGCAGCCAUCGCUGGCAUAUUUUUGAGUUCAUCAAGAGGUCUUUAUGCAUUAUAUGCAGCAUUAGGUCUCUUAUACUUUUCAUCUAUGUUUGUUAUGUCUGCGUAUGCAACAUGGGGCGUUUAUUCACGUGAUGAAGCGUCGUAUCUUUUUCCUGCUCCAGCAACAAACAUGACUCAUACAACUGUGGGAUAUUCAUAUAAUUUAUGUGUUGCUGCCCAUUACUUUCUCUGGACAGCUCUUACAAUACUUGCAUUUGGUGUUGGUCUCAGAGUUCCGCGAGAACAAAAUACAGGUUAA